GAAUGGGUCACAACCCGAAUCCGCUACUUGAGAGAGAGUCCUCUCUGGCCCUCUAUUUGCUCAGUCCUGGCUUCGAAACAACGCGUGAAUAUUGUGAUGUUACCCUACAUCAGUGGUUGUCAUUGGACUGCUUCUUCAGAGUUCCGAUAUAUGCGUCGAAGUAUUCUGGACUGGCACUUGGUAUAGAGACUGUAGACAAGCAUGUCUUUUCCUACAGUCUCAAAGUAUCUCUUACUUCUCAUAGACUCACACACCGAGAACGUACCCAUCCUCAUCCUCACUAGCCAUCCACUCACCCUUCAUGUACACACGGACGGUGGCCCACCAUAGCUCUUUGGUCUCAUUGUUGACCAAGCCUUGCACUGUUCACACACCCCUCCCCCUUCUCUCCAGAUACGUACACUGUAGACCGGCGCGGCACCGAAUACCGAAUUCCAGAUGCGACGGACUGGGAUGGACGACCAACUGACUCCAUAUGCAGGUACUCGCUCUCAUGUCUUCGUCCACCCGUGCCGGGCCAGCGUUGACAUUAACACACAUCGUCAUUGGUUCCAGCCCAGGGUUCUCGCGCUCUCGUUUCCCCAUGGUUCCAUCGGCUCUCCAUGUACGUACCAUGUUGUCUACAAGAGUGUCUGCUUCCACACACACACACACACACACACACACACACACACACACACACACACACACACACACACACACACCUUCCCCUGUCUCCUGUCCUGUUUCUGGUCAUUGCAGAAUCAUCACAUCUCUUUCUGGUGCCGUCUUCGGAGAUCUUUUGGCGAUGCUUCGCUCUCACACCAAAGACUAAGGAUAUAUAAGUUGCCCUUGCCCACCCUCGCCUCCUCGAUCACGCUACUGCCCUCCACCUCCACGUCUCCCUCUUCGCCUCUUCAUCCCACAGAUCCAUCUACAACACUAUUCUCAGUUCUCACACUAGUUCGCCAUCCAUCAACGUCACCGUGAUCCUUGUAUCGCCACACCAAUCUCACGAACCAUCUCAUCUACUGUGAAUCAUCGUCAACAACGAAAUCGUGAAGAGUAUCCUAAACACACAUCUACGCAAUGGACAGCACAUCACCAGAACUCCCGCCAUACGCCAUGCCCGUCGACUUCUCCUCAAUGGCUGGCACAACCCCCUACGACAUCAUCGCCGCGCAGUUCGCCUCACGCAUCAACUCCAACGAGAACGGCUACUGCACUCCGACGUCACUAUGGUCUAGCCCUCACAGCCCGACCUCCAGCAUCGAUCACAGCAAGGCAGAAGACUCGCACGAUGACGCACACUCCCCCACCAGCGGAUCCGAAGAGUCUUCAAAGCUCCAGAAAGGAAGACGGGGCAACAGAUAUAAGAACUGCAGCGAGUCAGUGCUAUCAAAGCGCCGCGCCCAGAACCGCGCCAACCAGCGCGCCUACCGAAAGCGCAAGGAGUCCCGUCUCGAGGAGCUCCAGGCCCAGAUCCAGGACAUGAGUCAGAAGAACGACGCGCUCUGCUGUGCUUACAGACUCCUGGCCAACGAGUGCUACAGGCUCCGCGCGAGCCAGCAGAUGCCUAAUGCUGUUGCGGGGCAGAUUCCGGCGUGGGACUUGAUGAACAACACCAACGCCAACAACGGGGCCGGGAGCUUGGCAUUGGACAUGUCUGCGCUCGACGCAUACCGCAUCGUCCCUCCUCCCGUCUCGACCUCGAGUCCCGUCCCCGAGUCAUAUCUCGACUAUCCCGGGAGCCCCGAUAAGUUGUGGAGCCCCUAUUGAUCGCGAAUCCAGCGGGCUGCGGAAGAGGGGGGGAAUGGAUCGUCGGGAUCGGGAUUUGAGACCGGGUGUUGUUGGGAGCCGGUGAUUGCGGGGAUAACGACUUGUGGGAGCUCUAUUGUCUCAUUUUUUCUUCAUUGUCUUUUGACGAUCUUGAUAGGGCUUUCUAGAGUGGGGGGGUAUUUCCCUGUUUCUAUGGAUGGCUUCAGGAUCGAACGAGCGAGUCUUUGUGGGAUUUUUUUGCGAAUGGAGUCUGGUGUUUUAUUCAGUACCCAUUUCUUUUUCUAAGAUAAUUUUUGUUAAGACACGAGAGUCUCGACACGGCAGCCAUGCCCAAUACCUCCGCCAAGUUCGUGUAUUUCACGAAGCUUUUUGGUAGAUGAAUCAAACAAAUGAAAAAAUUUCAAUC